CUUCGUACCAAACCAUUGGCACACGAUAUUCACCGAGUAUCCAGAAAACUCAUCCGAGCCUUGAACCGUUUCAUCGGGAAUCACCAAGUGUUUCGAGUUGAACGCGAUAACACAGACACGAUAUUGUGCGGUUUCGCUCCUUUAAAACCGGUUGUGGUUUCGCUCAUCGGCAAGGUAACCAGGCACAGCAAACAUGGCCGCCACCACGAUGAACCACGUGUUCGAUUACGAGAACGAGCUGAACGACAACCUCUACAACCUGAAGAUGUCAGGCAAGAACGGCGGCAACAAACGCGUCAGAAGCGUUUUGAAGCCGAUACUGCGGCUGCUGAAGAAGAGAACCGGCAGGAGCAAAUACGGAAAGGGACAGAAAGCGGUGCCACAGGUGGAGAUAUUCACCGAGGAAGUGGACAACCAGAACAACGCGAAUGAGGCUCUCGAGAGGAGGCUGUUGGCUGGAUUGCAGGACGCCGAGGAAGGAGCUGCCAUCACCGUAUGUUUGGACGGACAGAUGACUGUUGUCCCGGUUGUACCUGGUCAGUGCUACGUCCCCGUUCACUUCGCGCACACCCACGCCGGCGACUUCUACUGGACCACCCUCAGCAUGGCCGACAGUGACCUGUGCUACAAGGAACGAGCCUUCUCACAGUACCAGACGCCCGAGAUGCAAGUCGCGUGAAACGAUCGAAUCUCCGCGAACGUCGUCUACCUCAUACGCCUGCACUACCGAGACCUUGAGGAUCAUCAACUGAGAGACUGUCCACUGGUUGUCUUCGAAGAGGAAGGGAAAGUUCCAGCUUCCUGGCGCCAAAAUACUGGCGAGGAGAUUUUUUAUACAACCCCCAAGACCAGCAGAGACUGCCCUUUAGAUAAGAUUCAUUCGAAACUGUGAUACGUAGAUUGUAGUUUACAACGUUCCCUAACUGAUCCUCCUUUCUUUUUCUAAGAAGAAAAUCCUGGAAUUUGUGUACGAUCAGUUAAAAAGAAUAUUUUUUUUUUUUUUUGUCCAUUUUUUCCAUUUGUUUUUCAAACAGCGACACUGUAAAUGAGUGGUCGCAGAAUUGUGAUAUUUGUACCUAGUAGGUUUAAUUGUAUACAUUGUGAUAUUGGCUUUAAUGUCGUCGGUUGUUUACCGAUAACACUUCCUAUUGUCUUCCACAUUGUUAAGAGAAUAAAUGAAUAAAUGUAAUUGUAAGCAUAA